AUGUUAUCUUCAUCUUUAAUCUCAGCAACGAUCAUUUUAUUCCAUAUAAUUACAUCUGUCAAUUUAAUUUCUGCAUAUAUACGUUUGAAUCGGUGCUAUUCAUGCAUGUCACCAUUAUACGAAGAGUUAUUCAAGGACGGUGUCAUGUCAAGGUAUUUUAAUGAACCGAGAAAUUUUACGUCGCAAUGCAAUGAGCCAAUGCAACCGUCUAACAUUGGACUAGUGCCUUGCAGAUCAAUUUGUCUCACACUCACUCAGGAUUUUAUCGUCAUGGGACGUAACACAGGCAAGAAAUUAACGAUACGUGGUUGUGCGGUCUCUAUAAGUCGUCAUGGCUUUUUCAAUAGGACAAUGGUUUUAUUCGAUAGGUAUGAUAUGUGCCGCGAUGUUAAAGCAUCUGAUCUUUUCCGUUAUGAAUCAGAUUCACAAACAGUUCGAGUAUGCUCAUGCCUCGGUGAUCGCUGUAACUUCAGUGCAACUUACUAUGGAACGAUUCAUCAAUUCAUCGCAGCUGCCAUUAUUUUUGUGUUUUUUGUCCCGAAACUGUUUUAG